CGAGUGGUGGCUGAUCAAUAUUGCCAUUACUAUCCUGAAAACAUCAAGCCAAAGCCCAAACUUCAGGAAUGCAACUUGGACCCUUGUCCUGCAAGAGGGUUGGCAUUAUUGUUCCUAACAGUGAUGGAUACAAGCAGAUCAUGCCCUAUGACCUCUACCAUCCUCUUCCUCGGUGGGAAAGCACUCCAUGGACUGCCUGCUCUUCGUCUUGUGGAGGAGGCAUUCAGAGCCGCACAGUCUCUUGUGUGGAAGAAGACAUCCAAGGGCUUGUCAGCUCUGUGGAGGAGUGGAAGUGCAUGUACACUCCCAAGAUGCCCAUUGUCCAGCCCUGCAACAUUUUUGAUUGUCCUAAGUGGUUGGCUCAGGAGUGGUCUCCGUGCACUGUGACAUGUGGUCAAGGCCUGAGGUACCGAGUGGUUCUAUGCAUUGAUUACAGAGGGAUGCAUACUGGUGGCUGCAGUCCUAAAACGAAGCCUCACAUCAAAGAAGAAUGCAUUAUCCCUACUCCUUGCUACAAGCCCAAAGAAAAACUUCCUGUCGAAGCUAAACUACCAUGGUACAAGCAAGCGCAGGAGUUGGAAGAAGGAACAACGGUAUCAGAAGAGCCAACAUUUAUUCCUGAGGCCUGGUCUGCCUGCAGUGUGACCUGCGGGGUCGGCAUUCAAGUGCGUUUGGUGAAGUGCCAAGUGCUGCUGUCCUUCUCUCAGUCUGUGGCUGAUUUGCCCAUUGACGAAUGUGAAGGGCCAAAGCCAGCAUCAGAACGAGCUUGUUACGGGGGUCCUUGCAACGGGGAGACCGGUGAAUAUAGUCCUGAAGAGAUGGAUCUGUUCUACGGUGGCUCACAGGAUUUCGAUGAACUCUAUGACUGGGAAUAUGAGGGCUUCACAGAGUGCUCUGAAUCUUGUGGAGGAGGUGUCCAAGAGGCAGUAGUGACUUGCCUGAAUAAACAGACCAGAGAGUUUGCGGAUGAGAAUCUGUGUGUGAGCAGCCGGCGUCCACCACAGUUGCUGAAAGCCUGUAAUUUGGAACCUUGUCCUCCGAGGUGGGAGACGGGGAAAUGGAGCUCUUGCAGCCUCACCUGCGGCGUAGGAUUGCAGACCCGCGAUGUCUUCUGUUCCCACCUCCUCUCGAGAGAGAUGAAUGAGACGGUGAUUUUGGCAGAUGAGCUUUGUCACAAACCCAAGCCCGUCAUGGUACAAGCCUGCAAUCGUUUUGACUGUCCCCCAUCCUGGUACCUUUCAGAAUGGCAACAGUGUUCACAGACGUGCGGCGGUGGCACCCAGAAGCGAGAAGUGCUCUGCAAGCAGCGCAUGGCCGAUGGAAGUUUCCUGGAGCUUCCAGAAACGUUCUGUUCCACUUCAAGGCCAGCCUCCCAGCAAGCCUGCAAAAAUGAGGACUGCCCCCCAGAGUGGCUUCUUUCAGACUGGACACAGUGUUCUGUGAGUUGUGGCGAGGGGACCCAGACACGAAAUGCUAUUUGCAGGAAAAUGCUAAACACUGGACUUUCUGCCAUCAUCAACUCAUCGCUGUGUCCACCUUUGCCGUUCUCAUCUUUAGUCAGACCAUGUGCUCUAGCCAUCUGUGCAAGACACCAGAGACCAGCCCACAAACAGCCCCCUCUGAUAAUGGCUCAAAAGAAAGUUUUUAUCCAAACAAGGAAGCAAAAGAAGCUGCACUUUAUUGUCGGCGGGUAUGCCUACCUGCUCCCCAAAACCUCUGUCAUUCUUCGAUGCCCCGUGAGAAGGUUCCGUAAACCAAUGAUCACAUGGGAGAAAGACGGCAAACGACUCAUCAGCUCAGUUCACGUUACAAUUGCCCCGUAUGGAUAUAUGAAAAUCCAUCGGUUGAAGCCCUCAGAUACAGGGACAUAUACUUGCACGGCAGGGCCAGCUCAGGAACAUUUUGUGAUUAAACUUAUAGGGGGCCACAACAAGCGGAUUGCCACCUUGUCAGUUGGGAUGAAAGAAGAAGAAUCCACGAGGAAGUCUAGUUUGAAUGAAGCCUUGCAUGCCCAGGAGAAACAUCAGAAUGGAAUUCUCUUCAACGGAAGCAAAACGGAGAAACGAGGACUUCUUACAGAUCCUAGCAGCCGGUACGAUGAUAUCGUCUCAAGGCUUCUCGAGUACAGGGGUUGGCCUCGUGACAACACAGAGCCAUGGGAAGCUCAGGACUCCACAGAGAGAAACAUCUCUUCUGAGGAAGACCAGGGCCAGGAAUACACCCUUCCUUUCACCAUGGUCGCCAAUCAGGAUCGUUUGGAUGACAUCCUAAGAAACUUGUCUCAACAGCCCGAGGAACUUAAGGAUGUCUAUAGCAAGCAGCUUGUGGCACAGUUGGCCCAUGAGAUUUUCAAGAGUCAUUUGGAACAUCAGGAAUCCCUUUUCAAAACCCAAGGGAGUAGGGUUAGUUCUGCUUCGGUGGAAUUUCCAUUCAGCAAACAUUUUUCUGAGUUCACCAGCUCCUUGAGGACAUCUUCAUCGGAAGCACACUUGUCGACAUCAUUGGAACUCAUAAAUGGCUCCCGUGGCCCUCCGAAAAAACCUGCCAUUCUCAAAAAGAUUUCUGCAGCACAGCAGCUCUCAGCCUCUGAAGUCGUCACCCACCUAGGACAUACUGUAGUUUUAGCCAGUGGGACACUCAGUGUACUUCUUCAUUGCGAGGCUGUUGGAAAUCCCAAACCUGUAAUUAGCUGGGCAAAGAAUGGAGAGGCUGUGCAGUACACCGAAAGGAUAUUUCUUCAGCCAGAUGACUCCCUGCAAAUCCUGGAGCCAGUUGAAGCUGACGUAGGCUUCUAUACCUGCAAUGCAACAAAUGCAUUGGGAUCUGACUCUGUUUCCAUUGCUGUCACAUUAGCAGGGAAACCAUUGAUAAAGACAUCAAGAGCCACCAUAAUCAACAAGGACUUGCCUACCAUCACUGUUGAUAUUGGAAGUGUAGUGAAAACAAUUCCAGGAGCAAAUGUGACCAUUAGCUGCCAGGUUGCAGGUGUGCCUGAAGCAAAACUCACCUGGUUCAGGAAUAAAACCAAGCUGCCCUCUGGACAUCACCUGCAUGAUGGUUCACUGCUGAUUGCAAAUGUCUCUCUCUCAGACCAAGGCAUGUACUCCUGCAGGGCAGCCAACAUCCGUGGAGAGAUGACUGAAAGCUCACAGCUGCUGGUCCUUAAUCCACCACAACUCCCACGCCAGUUGGAAGACAUGGCAACAACUUUAUCCAUCACAGGGCCAGGUGUUCCUUCAGUGAUAACAUCUCUUUCAGGAACAAAAAAAGUGGUGAGCCCUGGGAGUUCUGUGCUCAUAGGCUGCCCAGCAGAUGGUCACCCAACUCCUAACAUCACCUGGUUUUAUGCUGGCCAGCCCAUCAGUAAGCCUCACCAUGUGUUGGAAUCUGGUCAGAUUCUUCAGAUACUGAACAUCAGCAGUGAUUAUCAGGGAGAAAUCAGCUGCAUGGCUCAGAAUGAGGCAGGCCUGCUUGUUCAAAAAACAUAUCUAAUGAUCCAAGAUUAUUGGUGGUCAGUGGAUAGGAUGUUGCCCUGUUCAGCCUCUUGUGGUAACAAGGGCCUACAAUAUCAUCAACUGAGAUGUUUACUGGAUGGAGCACAAGUCAACAUGUCCCAUUGCAUGGAGAAGCCCAAACCAGCUCUGCAGCCUGUUGCUUGUAACAGAAGAGAUUGCCCGUCAAGGUGGAUGGUGACAUCUUGGUCCCAUUGUACACAAACCUGUGGUGGAGGGAUCCAGACCCGGCGGGUGACAUGUCAGAAACUGACAGCUGCAGGCAACUCCAUUCCCAUGUCCAAUGAUUUCUGUGCUCAAGUUGCCAAGCGUCCUGUAGAUACUCAGAGCUGUAACAGACAGCUAUGUGUGGAGUGGGCGACUUCUGCCUGGGGGCAGUGUAAUGGGCCAUGUGUUGGAUCUCGCCUGGCAGUACAACACAGGCAGGUUUUCUGCCAGACCAGGGAUGGGAUAUCUGUACCUUCUGAGCAGUGCAGUUCCCUUCCAAGGCCCUUAAGCACGCAGAACUGCUGGACAGACACUUGUGGCGUACACUGGAGGGUCAACUUGUGGACUCUGUGUACGGCUACCUGCGGGAACUAUGGCUUCCAAUCAAGACGGGUGGAAUGUGUGCGAGUGCGCACCAACAAACCUGUGCAAGAGCACUUCUGCGCCUGGAGACCAAGGCCUGCCAACUGGCAGCGCUGCAACAUCACCCCUUGUGAAAAUAUUGAGUGCAGAGACACCACCAGGUACUGUGAGAAGGUGAAGCAGCUGAAGCUCUGCCAACUCUCACAGUUCAAAUCACGCUGCUGCGGGACGUGUGGAAAAGCAUGAAGGCAGCAGCGGAAGAACGAUAGGAUGAAUUUGGCACCCACCGGCCUUGCUCUGCUUUGCUAUUGAGAAGAGCUCCUUGAGAGAAGGAAAAUUGGAAAUAGAAUUGCCUCGUCUUCCAUUUUAUUUAUUUAUUUUUUCCUCUCUGUUUUUCUUUAUUCUUUUUAAGAAAUCCCUUUUAACUGAGUUUUGUUUUUAAAAGACUUUGACAAGGUUUCCCUUCUGAUGGGGUUGGGAGACAGAAAUGCAGCAAGUCACAGUUCAUUAUGAGGGUGGAGGCCAAAGGAGAGGGAGAGAGGAAGGGUGGGAGAGGAGAGAGCGAGAGAGAGAGAGAGAGAGAGCAAGCAAGCAAGCAAGCAUCAGAAAUGGACCUCCCCAGAAGACUUCAAGGUUGACACCGCUGGACUGAAGGAAGAUGCUGAGCAAAUUGUCUCCAAACGCCAGGCUAGAUUACCAGUAUGUGAAUCAGAGUGAGACUUGACACACACAAAAGCAGUGCUUAAGGGGGGAAAGGAAGUUAUCAACUUCGGCAAUGCAAUUGGGCCUGGAAUGCGUGCAAACAUGAGGUAAAUACAGUUGGCUGUUUACCAGGUAGCAGCUUACCGUAGCAUGUGUGCCACCACUUGGGAACCUGGUCAUCUGUAAAGUCCUACUACUGGGUGAAUAGAUUUUUACCACAGAUCCUCAUCCAGCCAGAAAUACAGGGGAGUAGGGGAGUAGUAAAAUCCUUCUUGCCAUUUUGCAGGAUGCUAUAAACAACCAACUUCCCAAGUGUUAUUUGCCCCCCCCCCUUGGUAAGCAGUUGCUAGUAUUCAUCCAUAAUGCAUUGUGUGUCUGUUGCGUUACAACCAGGGGUGUCACGCUUUUUGUCAUGCUGAAAACAUUGCAACAAAUUAAGCUCCAUUUUUAAAUAUGUGGCUGGAAUGGAGACAGGGAACAAUUCAAAGAGCAGAUCCUUAUAUUCUCCAAUCAAAAACAUAGUCUCAGAAGAAAAGGUGCAUGUAGAGCUUCUCUACAUUAAGCAAAACUCCCGCACCCUUACCGGGCUUUCUUCUUCCAGAGCCUUUUCGGGUUUAUGAUGAACUCUUUUAGAUGGCAAACAUGUGGUUUGGAAUUGGAAACCUCCUUUCUCAGCAAUGCUCUAUAUGUUCAAUGAAACACACCAUCUAGGGGCUGUAUUAUAGCACUGCGCUGGCAUGGCAGACUGCCAAUAUGCCACAUUAAUUUUUAUUUCAGUUUAUCUCCAAUCU